CCUUAGGGAUUCCGUAAAAAUUGCAAGGUGUUUAUGUGGUUUUCCUCCUUGAGAGGCACGCCUAGCGUCAUGACGUCACAUACGUCGCAUUCUAUUUCUCACAAUUUUCGGUUCGCUCAUCUCAAUAUGCCGGUUUGAUUCACAAGAAUCCAUUAUUAGUUGUUCAAAUUGUCUCUUCUUUAAGUCAUUUAGUACAGUUUUAACACUGAGGCAUGAGCGCAUAAAUUGACGUAAACCGGAAAUGGUACUCUCGCGUCCGAGCACAAACUUCCUUUUAUUCCUGUCUUUUCACAUUAUUUCCAGUCUCGGCGCAAAGACAAAAUGCGUUAAUGUUUUACCUUGACGAAUUAAUAUAACUCGUCGCCGAGUGGUGAUUUGUGGUCUUGCUGUCGCGAGAAAUCACGCCCAGCCUCAUGACAUACCCGGAAGUGGAGCCACGUCAACAAGGCAAUAGCAGAGAAUAAGGAAGCGGAUCCUUGCUGGAGACGACAGGAUCUCAAAACAAUAACAAUGGCCAAUUUCGAGGAAAUGUCCAAACAGUCUUGUGUGCCCCUGAAACCCCCCGGUUUAGUCCUGCAGUAUGGCACGGCCGGUUUUAGGACAAACGCCAGUCUACUGGAACACGUCAUGUUCCGCAUGGGCCUGCUAGCCACGCUGCGCUCCAAACAUACUAAAGCGGCCAUCGGCGUCAUGGUGACCGCUUCCCACAACCCUGAGGAAGACAACGGGGUGAAAUUGAUUGACCCAAUGGGCGAGAUGUUGAACCCCGCUUGGGAGGUCUAUGCCACGCAGCUGGCCAAUGCCGAGUUGGAGCAGUUGCUUCCAUUGCUGGAGGACAUCAUGAAGAAAGAAGACAUCGACAGGAACCUAGCCGCAUUAGUGUUUGUGGGCAGAGACACCAGGAGCAGCAGCGUCAGCCUGGCACAAUUAGUAAUAGACGGUGUCUCCUCAGUGGGAGGACUCUACAAAGACUACGGCUUGGUGACCACACCGCAGCUCCACUACAUGGUUUGCUGUCACAACACAAAGGGGCGCUAUGGCGAGGCCACGUUGGAAGGAUACUACAGCAAACUCUGCCAGGCAUUCAUUGAGCUCACCAAAAAUACACAUAAUCGCACAGAUGACCAGAAGCAUCUGACAGUGGACGGCGCCAACGGGAUCGGCGCAUUAAAAUUGCGCGAGAUGGAGCGUCACCUAAAGAAGGAACUGCAGAUUUCGCUCUUCAAUGAAGGACAAGGGAAGCUUAACUACGAGUGCGGCGCAGACUUUGUCAAAGUGCAGCAAAAGCCACCCACAGGCAUGAACGUCAACAGCGGCGAGCGCUGUUGUUCAUUUGACGGCGAUGCUGACCGCAUCGUUUACUACUACACCGACCCAGACGGUCGCUUCCACCUGCUGGAUGGAGACAAGAUAGCGACUCUCAUUAGUACGUUCCUCAAAGAAUUGCUCACGCAGGCUGGUCUAAAUUUGAAAAUUGCAGUGGUGCAAACUGCGUACGCCAAUGGCAGCUCCACACGCUACUUACAAGACACCAUGAAGGUUAUUGUGAGAUGCACUAAGACGGGGGUGAAGCACCUCCAUCAUGUGGCGCAGGAGUUUGACACGAGUGUUUACUUUGAGGCAAAUGGCCACGGGACGGUGUUAUUCAGCCGUGCCGCUGAGGAGAAAAUCAGGCAAUUAACUGAGGACGUCAACACAGACGACACUAGGAAGCAAGCGGCCAUUCUUCUUCAGCACACCAUAAACGUCAUCAACCAGACAGUAGGUGACGCCAUUUCUGACAUGCUACUGAUUGAGGCCAUAUUGGCCCUGAAGGGAAUGACCGUGCAGCAGUGGGACGCCAUCUACACGGACUUGCCCAACAGGCAGCUUAAAGUCAAGGUGUCAGACCGCCGAGCGAUCGAGACGACCGACGCCGAGAGGCGCGCAGUGAGCCCGGCUGGCCUGCAGGAGGCCAUCGACGUCUUGGUGGCAAAGUACCGAAGCGCUCGCUCCUUUGUGAGGCCGUCCGGCACUGAGGACGUGGUCAGGGUUUAUGCUGAAGCGGAUACACAGGAGAGCGCAGACUCCCUCGCACAUGAAGUGAGCCUGGCGGUAUAUCACCUCGCUGGCGGGGUGGGAGAAGAACCAAAACCUUUGCACUAGAACAGCAAGUUCUUCCUUAUUGAAGCUAAUGCUUGUGUACGAUCAAAUCAUGGUUUACGAAUGGUUUUAUUUUUUUAACACUAACCUCAGCCCGCAUCGAUACGACAGAAAUCAUGUUUACAUCAAAUAAAUCAUGGAAUAAACUUUCUGAUUUAAAUA